GGGCGGGCGGGCAUUCCUGGUGUCUGGCACAGGGCACAGCAAAUUGUUAAAAAUCCAGGUCCCGGUUAUAAACUGAACAGAGACUCUCGUCUGCAUCGCUAUUCUUGUCUCGGUGACCUACACCGGUAACCCCCGCGGGAGGAGGUCACCGGCGACCGCCGAGUUAUGACCAUCGAGUUUCGUUUAACUUCAGUGCGUUCGGAAAAAUCCUGACCUCACGCAUCGGGAAUCACACGAUGUUCCGGGAGGGACGGAUCAGAAGGACAGCAGCAACUCGGCACCACCCGGAGAUCCCCCUCCGGUCCCCGACUGAAUUGCGUUGAAACGAUUGCAACUUUUUAAAAAAAUAAAUAAAAAUAAUGUUCGGAAUAAACACCCGUUGGGCGAUGAGAGCACUUGGACCUCAACGUCGGGACCGCUGAUGGGGAAGAGCUGCGCCGCGUGGGUUCGGCGUCUGGGAGUCCACGUUACGAGGUGAGAGGUGAGAGCAAAGCCCUGAGAACUGCGCCUUCGCCACCAGAACGGCUGCGACGCUGUGGUGGUGAAGGCUUAAAACUUCCCAACCGGAACCACUGCCCGACCCGACCCGACCCGACCCGACGCCAUGAGCUAUUUCCUGGCGUUUUCCAGGUCUCACGGGGAGGCGGUGCUGUCCCGGUACCAAGUGCUUCGCCACGAGAAGCUGUUGUGCGACGUGGUGCUGGUGGCGGAGGGCACCGAGUUCUCGGCUCACAGGUCGCUGCUCGCCUGCUCCAGCGACUACUUCAGGUCCAUGUUCAAGAGCCACACCAGAGAGUCGGGGGAGGGGGUGAUCCACCUGCACCUGGUGUCCGCGGUCGGGCUCCAGCGAGUGUUGGACUUCAUCUACAACUCCUGUCUGUCACUCUCUCUGGACACUCUGCCGCAGACCCUGGAGACCGCGAGGUAUUUGCAGGUGGUGGAGGCUGUGCGCCUCUGCUCCCAGUACCUGAUCAGCAACUUGAGUCUGGAAAACUGCUGCGAUUCGGCCAACAUUGCCGACAGGUACGUUCUUCCAGAGGUGCAGAGAAAAGCCGAACUGUACAUAUCGUCGCACCUGUGGGAGCUCCUGGAGCCGCGGGCUGAGGACUCGGGGCUGAUGGAUCUGAACGUGGAGUCCAUGAAGGCGGUUUUAGAGGCGGAUCACAUCCCCCGCACCAAGGAAAUCACAUUACUGUCCCUCGUGCUCCGAUGGCUAAACCAGGAUGAAUCCAGAUCGAGCGACGCGGAACGGGUGCUGUCCCGGAUCCGCUACGGCCUGAUCCAGACGCGCGAUCUCCAGCUCCUGUGCGAUCGACCCGACUUUCCGCGGAGAGCGGCUGGGGAGGUGCAGAGCCUGGUGCUCAAAGCCAUGGUCUACCACUCGGCAGAGAAACAGCAGCCCAUUCUCCAGAGCCACCAGAGCUCGCUCAGGAGCCGGGCCAGGGAAAUAGUCAGUGUCGGGGGCACCACACUGAACGGGGGAUUCGUCAGCUUUGCAUCGGCUUUCGAUGCACGAUUCAAAACGUGGAGGCCGAUCAGCGAGUGCCGACCCGUGCAGAACCACUGUGUCUGUGUCCUGGGCAACUUCUUAUUCGUGCUCGGAGGGGAAGUCCUCGAAUUGAACGAGGGCUCGAAAACAGCGCGCAUGUCAGUCAUCAACAAGGUCCACCGAUACGACCCCAGGUUUAACAAGUGGACCCCGAUGGCUAACAUGCUGAACAAACGCGCUCAGUUCUCCUGCUGUGUGGUAGAUGAUUCAAUUUUUGCCAUGGGAGGCAGGUGUGGGGUCGAGUCCUCGCUUCCUACCACAGAAGUGUACGACUUUACUGCUGGUCGAUGGGAUAAGGUGAGGAACCUGCCUCAUAAGAUCUAUGGACAUGCCAGUGCUGUCCACAAUGAAACCAUUUAUAUUUCUGGUGGGAAAUACGACAAUCAGUUGGACACAAGUAAAGAAAUGUACUCAUUUCACCCCCUGGAUGGUCAAUGGAAAAGGUGCCCACCAAUGACUAUCGCUCGAUUUGGACAUCAGAUGGCUACUGUUAAAGACAGUAUCUUCUCAUUUGUUGGGAUGUAUGAAGCUUUCUGUGACAUUGAGUAUUUUAAUCCUAUUCAAAGGCAAUGGCAUCGCUUGAGGCCGUUACUCUUUGAUCGGUCUUGUUAUGGACUAGCCGUGAUGGAUGAAAACAUCUAUCUUAUCGGAGGCAAGAAGUGGCACAAUGCUCAAGAAGUGGCCACACAAAACGUGAUCGUGUACGAUUCCACCAGCGACACGUGGGAAGAAGUCUGUAAGCUCCCGCUGCCUCUAUGUGGGAGUCAAUGCGCUGUGUUGCAGCUAAUGGAUCUACCGGAGACUGAAAACCAAUUCAAUUUAGGAAGCACAUUUCAUUUUAAAAAAUGACUUCUUACAAAACCUCUGAAUAGAAACCUAUGUGCGAAGAAACAAACAGGAAACCGAAAGCCUGUAUUUCCUCAGUGCAGACUUCAAUGUUGCUGGAAAACCUGGAUCGCUCUGUCGUCCACAGUAUGUCAGAGACAAGUCACACUAGGUUGUCAAGUGAAGCAAAUUAAAUGAGUCCCGUUUAAAAAUAGCUUCAAAAGGAAAUGUCUUGAUUUUGUAACUAGUUCAACGUUGACUUAUUUUCAAAGUUUAGCAGUAUUGUUGGAUAAAAGGCUAUCGGA